AUGAGAUUGUCAAUAAAGGUUGGAUUAUUGGCAUUGGUGUUUCUGACGGCAACUAUUAUUCUACUGAGUAUACUGCAGCUCGACCAGGCACCGACACUCAACCUCAACUUUAGAGAACGUAGUUCAACGCAUCGUAGUAUCAAGCCUUCUUUGACAAUAGAUUUCAAAUGGGGUCCGACAGACCAUUCUAUCACCACACCUCGGCUGACUUCAACAACAAACGCCGACACUCGAGGCCUAAAUGACAUAUCUACACAGCCGACUACCACAUCUUCUUCAGAUGAGCAGAGCGCUUCAGCAGCAGCAACAGCAACAGCCACAGAUCAACAAACCGCCACCCCCAACACUUCACCUUCACCCGAUAAACUAUCUAGUUCAGAUAGUCAAAGAAUUAAAUGUAGAAAUACCGUUCAAGGAACCAAAUUUAUAGCUGACGAUCAAGGUUUUAAUUGUCUAAGAUCCGAAGUUGAUAAAAAUGGAUGUUGUAUAGUAAAUAAUAAUAAUAAUAAUAGUAAUAAUAAUAAUAGUACAGAUAAUAAUAAUAAUAAUAAAAUUAAUCAAUAUAAUAGCGAUAUAUUUAAAAGAUUCUCAUGUUAUGGAUGUUCAAACAAGUUUCAUUGUUGUAAUGAAUACGAACUUUGUGUAUCAUGUUGCAUGGGUAGCGAUAAAGUGCCAAUUUUGGAAGAGGUACUCGGUAGAAUGUUAGAUAAAGGAAUCAGUUCGAAUUACUUGAGAAAUCAAUUCGAACUGUGUACCAUGACUUGUCGGACAUCAUCUAGAUCACUAAUACAUCAACGUGAAUAUAUAGAGCCAGAUUUAAAGUUUUGCUAUGGCACAAAAUUACCACCAUAA